AUGGACGACAUCACUGUGCUUGAGCCUGGCCUGGCACAUGCUGAAGUCUCCAAGGCACCCACGCCUCCUCUUUCCAACGAAGCCACCGCCGAACAGAAUAAGCCCAGUGAGCGCAACAUUGAGCAACUUGAGGUGUCUGAACAAUUUCAUCGACGGUCGAAGCUGCGUAUUUAUACCAUCUUCACCGCGCUUUGCCUCGAGCUGUUCAUUGGAGCUCUUGAUCAGACCAUCGUCGCUACCUCUGCACCUACGAUUGCUGCUGAGCUCCACAAUGCCUCUGGCUACAUGUGGAUCGGCGGAGCGUACCUCCUGGCCAAUGCAGCAGCCGGCCCUGUCUGGGUUAGAUGCAGCGAUAUCUGGGGCCGCAAGCCGGCUGUCCUGGUAGCCCUCGUCAUCUUCGCCGCUGCCAGCGUCAUCACAGCGACGGCCACGACCAUGGGCAUGUUGAUCGCGGGCCGGGCUCUGCAGGGCACGGCUGGUGGCGGCCUGAUGCAGCUGGUGAACAUCAUCAUCUCCGACCUGUACAGCAUCCGCAAGCGGGCGCUGUAUAUCGGCGCCAUGGGCGUUGUCUGGGUCCUGGCAGGAACCACAGGCCCCGUGAUCGGUGGCGCCCUGACACAGUAUGCCAGCUGGCGGUGGUGUUUCUGGAUCAACCUGCCGGUGUGCGGCCUGACCUUUUUCAUCAUGCUGUUCUUUCUGGAUGUUCACAAUCCGCGUACCAAGCUCAGCGAUGGCCUCAGGGCGGUCGACUGGUUUGGGUCGCUGUCUAUCCUGAGUGUAACGAUCCUGCUCCUGCUCGGCCUUGAUUUCGGUGGUGUUACGUACCCGUGGGAUAGCCCAAGGGUUAUCUGCCUGAUCGUCUUCGGAGGGCUCAUGAUUGGCUUCUUCUUUUACAGCGAGAAACGCUUGGCUAAGUAUCCUCUCGUUUUGCUCAGCGUUUUCAGCAAGGAUUUCUCAGCAAACGCUAUCGCUGUUGUUGCCUUUACGCAUAGCAUGGCAUCUUUCGGAGUGGAGUUCUACCUCCCACUGUACUUUCAGAGCGUCAAGGCUGCUACGCCACUUGAGAGCGGCGUCCUGCUGCUGCCAAUGAUCAUCACCUGUGCUGCGGGAGACAUACUGGGCGGGAUUGCCAUCCACCAGAUCGGCCGCUAUAGGGAGAUCAUCUGGGUGGGAACGAGCUUCCUCACAUUGGGAACAGGGCUUCUCAUCAUGUUUGGGACGGGUACAAGCCUCGGAGUGGUCAUCGGCUUCCAGAUCAUCUUCGGCAUCGGCAUGUGUCUGCUUUUCCAGACCCCAACCAUGGCCAUCCAGAACAGCGUAAGCCAGGCCGACACAGCCAACGCCACCGCAACCCUCAGCUUCAUCCGCAACCUGGCGACUGCCCUGGCGACCGUGAUCGGUGGCGUGGUGUUCCAGAACAGCAUGACCUCCCGCGCCUCGUUCCUGGCCGCCAGCGGUCUCGAUGACGCCGACCUCAAGGCCCUAUCUGGCAAGGACGCAGCGGCCAAUGUCGGCAUCACCAGGACCAUCCAGGACGCCGGCCAGCGUCUCGCUGUGGAAGAGUCCUUUGCUUGGAGCGUCAGAAACAUGUUCAUCAUGUACACCUGCAUCGCCGCCGUGGGCAUGGUGGCGAGUAUCUUUGUCAAGCAGCGCCAUAUGAGCAAGGAGCACACUGAGACAAAGACUGGCAUUGAGAACAUGACGGAGCAGCAGCAGAAGACUUGA